GUUACCACGACUGAUGUCAGAAGUUAGAUCUAAGGGGUGAGAAGGCGCUAGAUCAACAACCAACUUCGCAGUAGAAAUAUUUUAUGAAGGCAAGCUCUCUGGGCGCGAGUUGACAGCAUAAACACGAGUUUGAGAUGGUUCUGAAGUAUGCUUGUAGUAUUUUCAAGUGAACCAGAAGAAGUUCAGCUUUCUUGAAGUGGGGCAUAUUUCUGAUAAUUUUUGAACAUGGUGACUUGAUUGUGAAAAGAUCAACUUCAACACCAGCACAAUAUCGGAGAGUAUUGAUUUACUUUUGAAUCACCAUGCCUCCUAGGAAAGAGCCAAGAAACAAAAGAGCUUCUGUCUUGGAGAAAAAAAGCCGUACUGCACGUAAGCGUACAGCAUCAGGACCGUGUGUUGAUGAUGCAAACAGUGACUGUGCCUCAAAUAUUGAAGAACAUGGAACAAAUGUAGAAUACUCAGAAAGUGCCUCUGCCUCUCAGGGAAAUGCAGAGGAUGACUCCAAUAAUGAAUUGAAAGAAGGGGGAAAUACAGAAGGAAAGAAUCUGCGUUCCAAAGCUACUGAUACAGAUACUACCAACUCCUCUUGUAAGGUGGAAAACAGGGAAAUAUCCUCAUCACUUGCUUUGCCUGUUGUUGCUCUGAAACCCAUUAAUAAUGUAAGAACUAGGUCGCAGUCUUUAUUAUCUGGGAAUGAGGGAGGGUCCAGGAGACGCAGUAGUAGGUUAUCUCAGGAAAAUGUGACAACUCCAAAGUCUGCCACAAUCAAUGAAACUGAAACCCCCACGCACAUCGGACCAAUAACAAGGUCACAGAUUAAAAAAGUUUCUCGUCAGGUGAACUUUGACAAAGUGACUAUUACAAAAAGGACUUCACAAAGAAAAAGGAAAUGUUCAGAAAAUAAGGUGACAGAGGUAUCCACCCCCAAAAGGAAGAAUGUUUGGUGUGAUGAGUGCGGAAAAAGAAGAGAGAAGAUCAAAAGAAGACGUGAGCUAAGGAGGCUUAUCUCUGAUGAAGAUAAGAGACGAUCACCAAGAAUUUAUGCCAAGAACUUCAAAUUUCCCUUUAAUUUCCUCCCAGUAGAAUGUCAGAUGAAAAUCUUCUCUCAUUUAAGUAUAUUUGAUCGUGCGAGGGCCAUGGCAGUGUGCAGAGACUGGCAUCAACUCAUAAAGUCUCCCAGCUUGUGGGGAAGGCUGGAUUUUGCCCAGUUUUAUAUCUGUGAACACAAACGCGACAAAGUCAGAUGUAGCAGGACUUGUAGGAUAGGAGACCGUUUCACAAAGUAUGUCAGAGACAUCUGUAAUUUCGCUAAGUUUCUCAACGAGGUGAAACCUGCGAUAAAACAACUGAAUUUCAAUUUCGACAUUGCGAAUGAGGACGAGCCUUGGUGUGUGGUGCUGGUGCGCCUGCUGACCGCUGCCAAUUGUCGUGAACUGACCACUGUCCACCUGGACUGGACACACACGCCAUCCCGCCCUCAGUUUCUGGACAAAUUCUGCUGUCUCUUCAACAAGGUCAGACUGCAGGUCCACCAACACCUGUUCCGCAUGCAUCCUUUUGGUCAUAUAUUCGGACUACUGACCCUCCGCGCUCCAAACUUGCGGCACUUGGACAUUCCAUUUGACUGGGCCCACUGGUCAGUUAGCUGCUUGGCCAGGUUGACCCAACUAGAGACACUGGCCUUACGGAAAUAUGUAAUCUUUCGGAUGGUUGAGCAGUCCCAGCUACACACCGUAUGUAGCAGUAUGCCCCAUCUGCAGGAUCUAACCUUGGAGAUUUUCAUGCCAAUUUUUCACUCUCGAACUGUCUACGAGAUCUCUCACCCCAGGCUUCAGCGAUUAGAUAUUGCCAAUUCCCAGGGGUUCUUUCUGAAGAAAAUUGAUCUGCCGCAGCUGAAAUACUUUGAAGUCAGUCGCAAGCACUGGGAGGGACCUCUGGUUGAAGUCAACACGUUUCCAUGCCUUUAUCACCUCCUGCGCGAAAGCUGCCGGGACCUGCUUUACAUUAACAAGGAGAAGUUGGAGCGGAGUUGGAAAGCCUUCGUAGACUUUGAUUUGGCUAUGAUGCUGUAUGAAGUGUGUCCGUGUGGUCAACAUGCAGUGGUUUGGGACCGUCCUCCCAGAGCAGCAUGGCCGCUCAUCCUCUGAUAUUAGGUACAUCAACUGGACUGCACCAUCUCUUGACACUUGGUUUGGACUGAAAUUAUGUGGUCAGGUUUGUUGCAUUACUAUAUAUGAAACUGGCCACACAUAAAGUUUAUGAACAGAAUAACAAGUCGUGAUGAAAUUCUUAUGGGAAAUAUAACUGUGGCAGCUGUAGGGUCUGUUUUGAAAAAGAAGAACUUUUGCCAGAAAAUUGAUCAUAACUUUAGGUCAAAAUUUUGUUCUGCAUAAUGUGAACACUUAUCCAUUGUAGUUCACAUAGGUUUAGUAAGUAUUAGUCUGGAAUGGUGGCCAUGUCUGUCUUGUUAUAAAAUGGACACACUGUUUCAUUUCAUUGUUCUCUUGGGUCAGUUAAGACUAAAAUUUUGAUCUAAAACUGUAGACCAAUUUUGGGGCUAAAGUUGUAAUGUGACAGUGUACCUUGGUGUAGUACCUACAUAGCUGAGAUGUUAAAUAAACUGGGCUAUUAUAUGGUAAAUGACUGACCUGAGAGAUCAGGAUAAUUCUGUGACCAUUACAGAUUAUUUAUAUUUAUAGACAUCAAACGAGGAAUAUUUAAUUUUUUCACAAUGUAUAAUUAACAGAUUUUCAAGAUCUAUGAAAAUAUUCUAAUUGAAUUGGGUGACUCCAUUGGUGUGUAUAGUUAUUGAAUGACCACUAAAAGUGGAGACUGUAUUUUUUAAAUAUUAUUUUUAAUUGUGACAGAAGUGUACAUAUUUUGUGAAGACCUCAUUAUGGCAUGGCCGUUCUGUUGAAUAUUAGAUGUGUUAGUGUUACAAGUUGCACAAAAUGCAGUUGGUAUUUAUAAUAUUUUUUGCUUAUGGUAUGAGAUAAGUUUAAAAUUAUUAUAUUGUUAAUUUUUUUGCAUUUGACCAGUGUUAAUUUUAAGUGACGUAUUUAAUACUAUGACAUUAAUUAUAUCAAACUGUGGUAAAAUGAUCCAAUUUCAGACAAAAAGAGUUUAUUCAGAAGUUUGGAAUAUUUAACUAUAUAUUAAAGGAAUACUAGAAUUUUUUUCUUUUUGUUUAUUUUGUGGUUAUAAUUUUUGUUUAUUUUGUGGUUUUGCUGUGUUUUCUAUCAGCUUGUUUAUCAGAAUUGUGUGGAAUUUGCUGUGCUGUGAAUAGUUUGGAGGAGCAUUUGAAGUAAAAGUUUAAUUUUCUGGUCUCACUCUUGUAAAAUAAAUCUUAACCAAGUGCAAAUUAUAUGCCGGAGUCGCCUUGAAAAUGCACAUGAUACGUAUAUAGCGUCAGCUAAAUAAUUAUAAAUGUUUGAUUUUGUACCAGAUGUUAAUUUGGCAGUAAUUAUUUUUGUCCUGUCACUAAAAAAUGCCUUAGAGUGAGCCAAAUUUUUGUAAAAUGGGUUUUGCUUUUCUGUGAUUAUUUAAAUAAUGUUUCUUGUCAGUUAAGGAUUUAUAUUUACGUUAAUUUAUUUACUUUUUGUUACCAUUUUUUGUCACGGUUUAUUUAUCACGUUGUCCUUCUUUAAACUUUUCAGUUUGUACUGAGGCGAAGAAAUUUGUAAAAUUUGAGAAACAUGUAAUGUGCCUUUAUUGCUGGUUCAAAGUAAUAUACGCAGAAGUGAAGAUAUAUUUAUCCACUAUAAAUAUGUUUAUAUAAUACAAGACUGGAAAUAAGCGACUAUUGGCUUAGGCCAUGGGGUCCGGAGAUACAGUAUAUUUAUAAACGUGCCUCUCUGUGAUGUACUGUAAUUAAGAAAAAUAAAACCUGGGGUUUG